UAAUUACCUCCACUGUACUCCUGGUCUGCUGCUCUUGCUUCCCUUCCGAUCUCAUCUUUUUGUUACCGCUUAGAUAUCCUGGGCUUUUCUUCGGCCAUGGCGGCUGAGGGCGAAACUUUUGCAUUCCAGGCUGAGAUCAACCAGCUUCUCAGUCUCAUCAUCAACACCUUCUACUCCAAUAAGGAAAUCUUCUUGCGAGAGCUUAUUAGCAACGCUUCCGAUGCUCUGGAUAAGAUCCGUUUCGAAAGUUUAACGGAUAAGAGCAAGCUCGAUGCCCAGCCUGAGUUGUUCAUCCAUAUCGUUCCGGAUAAAUCUAGUAACACGCUCUCUAUCAUCGACAGCGGUAUUGGCAUGACAAAAGCUGAUCUUGUUAACAACCUCGGCACCAUUGCUAGGUCAGGAACCAAGGAGUUUAUGGAGGCUCUGGCUGCUGGAGCUGAUGUUAGCAUGAUUGGUCAAUUUGGUGUUGGUUUUUACUCUGCUUAUCUGGUGGCUGAGAGGGUUAUAGUGACUACCAAGCAUAAUGACGACGAGCAGUACGUGUGGGAGUCGCAGGCUGGAGGAUCUUUCACUGUGACGAGAGAUACGUCUGGUGAGAAUUUGGGACGCGGGACAAAGAUAACACUUUUCCUUAAGGAUGAUCAGCUGGAAUACCUUGAAGAACGCCGCCUAAAGGAUCUCAUCAAGAAGCAUUCUGAAUUUAUCAGUUAUCCCAUCUCUUUGUGGACUGAAAAGACCACCGAGAAAGAGAUCUCUGACGAUGAGGAUGAGGAUGAGAAGAAAGAUGAAGAAGGAAAAGUUGAGGAUGUUGACGAAGAGAAAGAAAAGAAGAAGAAGAAGAUCAAGGAGGUCUCCCACGAGUGGUCCCUGGUGAACAAGCAGAAGCCCAUUUGGAUGAGGAAGCCUGAAGAGAUCACGAAGGAAGAGUACGCUGCUUUCUACAAGAGCCUCACGAAUGACUGGGAGGAGCAUCUUGCUUGCAAGCACUUCUCUGUAGAGGGUCAGCUUGAGUUUAAGGCCAUACUUUUUGUUCCCAAGAGAGCACCUUUCGAUCUUUUCGAUACUCGGAAGAAGCAAAACAACAUCAAACUCUACGUCAGGCGUGUUUUUAUUAUGGACAAUUGCGAGGAGCUAAUCCCGGAGCACUUGAGCUUUGUCAAGGGUAUCGUUGACUCUGAAGACCUUCCCUUGAAUAUCUCUAGAGAAACGCUGCAGCAGAACAAGAUACUGAAGGUUAUCCGCAAGAACCUCGUUAAAAAAUGCAUUGAGCUCUUCUUUGAGAUUGCUGAGAACAAGGAGGAUUAUAACAAAUUUUAUGAAGCGUUCUCAAAGAACCUCAAGCUUGGCAUUCAUGAAGAUAGUCAAAACAGGUCAAAGAUAGCGGAACUGUUGAGGUACAACUCCACCAAAAGUGGAGAUGAGUUGACCAGCCUCAAGGACUAUGUCACAAGGAUGAAGGAGGGUCAAAAAGAUAUCUACUACAUCACCGGAGAGAGCAAGAAGGCUGUUGAGAACUCCCCUUUCCUAGAGAAAUUGAAGAAGAAGGGCUAUGAGGUUCUGUAUAUGGUAGAUGCCAUUGAUGAAUAUGCUGUAGGGCAACUGAAGGAGUUCGAAGGCAAGAAGUUGGUUUCUGCAACCAAGGAGGGAUUGAAGCUUGAUGAGACUGAGGAUGAGAAGAAGAAGAGUGAAGAUCUUAAACAGAAGUUUGAGGGCUUGUGUAAGGUAAUCAAGGACGUCCUUGGUGAGAAGGUGGAGAAGGUGGUUGUUUCAGAUCGUGUUGUGGAUUCCCCUUGCUGCCUUGUGACUGGGGAGUAUGGCUGGAGUGCUAACAUGGAGAGGAUCAUGAAGGCUCAGGCUCUUAGGGACUCCAGCAUGUCUGGUUACAUGUCAAGCAAGAAGACAAUGGAAAUCAAUCCAGAGAAUCCGAUAAUGGAGGAACUCAGAAAGAGAGCGGAUGCUGACAAGAAUGACAAGUCUGUGAAGGAUCUCGUGUUGCUUCUUUUUGAGACUGCUCUUCUAACAUCUGGCUUCAGCCUGGACGAUCCCAACACCUUUGGCAACAGGAUUCACAGAAUGCUCAAGCUUGGUCUGAGCAUUGAUGAGGAUGAGGAAGAAGCUUCUGGCGAUGGUGAUGCUGACAUGCCAACUCUCGAGGAGGAUGCUGAGGGAAGCAAGAUGGAGGAGGUGGACUGAUAAUCUGCUUCAGUUCAGUUUUAAGCUUUGUAGCUUCGUGAAGGUAAAGGCAAGCUUGCUCGCUUAGCUAAAUUGCAGACUUCUAUCGGGAAUGUUUUGAGAGUGGAAUUGGAACUUAAGAGUUUUCUUUCAAAGCUUUAGUUUUUGCUGACUUCAAUGUUGUGUUGGUCAGCAGUACUUUUUCCUAAUGUCUUUCAAUUUCCGGAUUUAAUUUACUGUUCUAAUGUUCUUUGCGUUA